CUAUGAAGUAGAUUGUAUGUCAUACUGAUGUCUUAUAACAUGCAAAACAACAAAGCCAUCUUAUCGGAUAUAGCAGAAAUGUUUUUCUAGCACACCAAGGUUAAAUAACAUUUUAUUUUUAAUGGAGAUAAAUAAUGCAUCUUUAAAUUCCAAGAAAUAUUCAGAAUAAAAAGUAUGGACAGAUUAACAAGGUCACAGCAAUAAUCGUUACUGCCAGUCAAGUUGGUCGUCGUGAUUGACAGAAACUGGGAGAACCAAUCAGUGACAAUAUUACGUUGAUUGAUGGAGGAAACGUAUUUCAUCUCCACCCCCUAACAACUCAGGAAGUCAAGUCGUAGUUCCACUUUAAGCAAGCAUGACGACUUGAAAACGAGUUUUGAGAGAGAACAAAAGCUUACUGGGUUGCAAAUAAUACACUGACUGGCGAUAAAUAUUUGAUCAAGCUUAGCCUUACAUUCCCUCUCUCUUCAUGAAGUCAUCCGACACUCAAAGAUGCAACCGUUACAGCGACUGGUGAUUUUUCUACUUGUAUUGUGGUGUAAAGCUACUUGUGGCACAGAUGAGGAUUAUGAACACAUAUCUUCUAAAGAGAAACAGCUGAUAAAGAAAUUAUUAGAUAGGUAUGAAUUACAUGGGAAGGAAGGAAGACCCGUUGUUAACACAUCGGACAGUAUUACAGUCAAGUUCGGUCUUUCCUUGAUCCAGAUUCUAGACGUGGAUGAAAAGAACCAAGUAUUGAAAACCAAUGUUUGGUAUAAUUAUAAUUGGAAAGACGUGUUAUUAACUUGGAAACCGUCGGAAUAUGAUAAUAUUACAGAUAUAAGAAUACCAUCCACAAAAAUAUGGCUACCUGAUAUACUACUGUAUAACUUUGCUGAUGACCGGUUGAAAGAACAGCGUGAUGCCUUGGUUGUUGUCUCCAGUGAUGGCAGUUUGUUGUGGAUGCCCCAAGCUAUAUUAAGGAGUUCCUGCUCUUUCAACACUCUCUACUUUCCUUUUGAUGAACAACUUUGCAUACUUAAGUUCGGUUCUUGGACCUACAAUGGUUUCAGACUGAAUAUCCAUUUUCCAGCUCCCGAUGCGGAUAAGAUGGAUUUGUUGGAAUACAUCAAAAAUCACGAAUGGGAUAUAACAGAAAAUACAGCCAUACGAAAUGAGAUGUUUUAUACCUGUUGCCCAGAGCCCUACCCGGAUCUCACCUUUUCAAUCCGGAUUAAGCGAAGAGUGGCUUUCUAUACGUUUAUUCUGAUCAUGCCUUGUGCUCUACUGUCGCUUCUAACGCUUGUUAUCUUCUGGGUACCUCCUGAAUCACCGGCUAAACUUAUUUUAGGUAUGAAUAUUUUUUUGGCGUUUUUCGUACUUCUGUUGCUACUGGCGGAAUCAACUCCUAAAGCGGCUGCUACCAUACCACUUAUAGGUGCUUAUUUCUGUUUGAGUAUGGUAAUGAUCACAAUGUCGACUGUAUUAUCCUGUGUUGUUGCUAACAUGUUCUUUAGAGGUGUUCGCAUUAACAGAGCUCCGAGAUUCCUCAGAUCGUUUGUCAUUGAUGUACUAGCCCGAGCAUUAUGUCUCCGAGAUAAGAUUGUUGAACCUGAAUACAGCCCGUUAACCCCCAAGAAAACUGGUCGUGUAGUUGGCGAGGCCCGUGGACAGUAUCCCUAUCGUGAUAUAAGGUUUGGACAAGUUCGUCUCCUGGAUAAUGGCAUGGACAAACCUGGUAAUAAUGAUUCUUCAAAUGACAACAGUUUUAGCUUCACAACUCCUGGAGAGGAUCAGUUUAACUUCAACAGAUAUUACGGGCCAGUCCUUGAAGAAGUCCGCUCUAUUCGAGAAAUGUUAGAAAAAGUCCGCGAAAAGAAAGCUAAAAUAGAAGAGAAAGAGAAGUAUGUGAGGGAAUGGCGAGUAAUUGCCUGUGUUACGGAUCGAAUCAUUUUUAUAUUUUAUCUCCUCGUAAAUAUAAUCGGACUCAUGGCUAUUUUCUUAAAGCCCUAUUUGGAUGCAGAGGCUAAAAAAGCAGCCGCGCUGGCUGCUGAAGCGUCUCAGGCGGCUGCUACGACAAUCGAAGCAGCUGGAACCGCAGUGGAGUCUGCCAUUGAUGCAGCAACAGUUUGAGUUGUUUAAACAAGAAAACCUAUUGACAGAUAGAGACUGUUUUAUUUGUGGUGAUAAACAAAACUGAUUUCAUGUCUGUAUUACGAUACCCAAUGACGUCAUCGUAGCCUCGAAUUUGCAAAUGGCCGCAGUCUGACUGUUGCAUGGAUUUUUCAACGAUGGUGUAAAUAGUUUAUGUUGUGUCAAGUUUUUCUAGUACACAGUGAAACACCACACACUAAUCAAUUAACUAUGAACUCACUGUUGAUUAUUUUAUGGCUGAUCACUUGCUUUAUAUGAACUAAGAAUAGGCUGAUUUCCAUGUUAAGUGACGUCAUUAUCAACUAUAUGUAUUUGUAUUAUUAUAUAAAUGAUGAAACCGUUUUCCAGCUCUUUCAAUAAUGUAUUGAACGAUGUUCUUGAAUUAAACCGAGGCGUGAUCCUCGUCUUAUUUGUGGAUUAUUAUUACUGGACAGUGUUUCACUUAUUGCUAUGCAGUCUCGUUGUCGUGAUUGAACUCUACGUUAGGUCGAUGUUCGGUCUAUGAGGCGAGCCGGGUGUUCAGAUAGAAAACACGUCUAUAGUAUAUUAAUGGCGGAAACAUUAGUAUUUAUCUCAAAGCAUUUAUUUCAUAGAUAUAAAUGUUUCGUCUCCUUAAAAGUAUAUUACUUCAUAUUUUGCUUUCUCGGCUUUUAGAGAUUAAAUGUUUUCUUGAAUAGGUUGUAAUAUUUGAAUGAUCCGAUCAAUAAUUGUGUUAACAGAUUUGUUGUUGCUUCAUUUCGCUUGAUUAGUGCUGAGUAGAAAACAGCUUCAUCUAAGCUCUUUAUUCACAUUUCAUUCACAUUUCAUUACCCCCGUCUUAAGCAGUCUGUCGUAGUUGAUCGCCAUCAGUGUCGUUACACUUUCAUUUUCACGGGUAUUUUCAGAGGUUUUUUUGAACUUGCACACAUCGCAAGUAUUAUGAGCUAAUUUUACCAAUUUCCUGGUAUUCUUCAUAUGGUAGAUAUAUGGCGCCACAAGACACAAUAGCGAUAAUAAAUCGACUAAUGACUCGGUUCCAAACAUGCUAGUUUUCAUUUCAGAUUUCACACGCUGUUUAUGGUUUAACAACAAAAAUGGAUAUUCACGCAAGGGAGUCUCAUUAUUGCGUUAGGUUUUAUUUUAAAAUAUAUAUAUAUAUUAUUAGAUAACACCUUGUUCUAUUAUUUUUAUCUUAAAGGUUAUGUGGGUUAAAAAAGGUCUUAGAUGAAAUGCAUUAUCAUUAUGUCAUUCAUUAAAUUUGAUUCGGUUGGCAUCAAUUUUAACGUGGUAAGAUCCGGUGGCGUUAUACAUUUUCAACUGGUAAGAUUCGGGUGUUCUUAUCAAAUUUAAUAUACUCCGUAUAAUUUAUGCUCAGCAGGAACAAAGAUAACAUGUUGAUGUAAAAUGGCCUUCUUGUCCACCUCCUUCCAGGUCAUUUAGAUCGAUAUCAGAUGGUCAAAUCCCUACUUCUAACCCUGGAGUAUGGAAGGCACGGUAGAUGUGGAGAGCAGAGGGGGACAAGAAAUCUGUUUAUGCCAUUUAGAAAAUCCCCUACCUUAGGGGUUUUUUUCACGACGUUGUGCAUAUUAUUCUGAUACAAAUUAAAGGGACAACAUGACAGAAAAUGAAAUAAAAUGGGACUCGACGUCAUACUUUCUGCACCGCUAUGGGAUAAUGAAGACAGGGAAAUAAUAAUAAUAAUAAUAAAAAUGUAUUGAUAUUGCGCCUAUUAUCCAGUAAACUGCUCAAUGGCGCCGAGUUGUCUAUUACAGAAAAUGAUGUUACAUUAAAGUAAAGAGAUGAGUCAAAGUACUUCUUACAAAUUAUAUCCCACAUAAAGGCAAUAUUCUAAAGCAGUUCUUUCCACGCAUCUUAACAAAUUUAGUUUGACUUUUUAUCCGAUCCGUUUUCAUGGACGUCAGGUGAUUAUCUAUUCUUUUCAAAUGUUCGUUUAUUGACCUUCAGUCUUGUUGUCCUUUUAAAAAGUUUAAUUUCACAUUUUAUUUGUAUCACAACAGUGUAUGUUUCUUCUUAUUUAGUUUAUUAGUACCAUAGGUAAAGUGGUUUUCUAACUGUAUAUACAUUUACUACUUAUAUGAUAUAUUAUACUAUACUGUAAGGGGAUGUCAUCACAAGUUUAAAACUAUUGCGGGUGAUUGUAGAUACGUGUCUUUGCUUGUGUGUUCCCCUUUUACGUCAUAAAACUUGUAGCUUGAGCACGACUACUCUGUAAAAAAAAAAAAUAUUCAUGCAAUCAAAACGGAGUGGGUCUAGUAUUGAGAUUUUAUCUUUUUAUCCUGUUUCAUGCGCGAGAAUACAUGUUGUUGCAGAUCUCGUUUAUGGCAGUUUUUUCUCGGUUGGCAUUCUAGUAGUGUAAAUUUCUGGAAUGUCCAAAUAACCGAAUUUUGAUAAUUUUUAGAUCCCUUUAAUGUCUGACAGGGUUUCUGAGAUUCAUGUAUUGUCCAGCAGGGUAUCUGCAUGAGAUACCGUAAGAUUAUCGUACCGUAAGAUCGCUUUAGCUCAUCCACCAUCUAAAUAUAAUAAUUGUGUAAGCGAUUACGUGUUUCCGCACAGGGAGGUUGUAUUCUUAAUGUUCCUAUAUUUGUAAUUUAUUUCUGUGACCAAGAACGCUCUUAUAACAUGUAUGAGAGGGCACUUAUUUUAUUCCCUCAUAGAUAAUUUUACCACCCAUUUUAAAAUUCUGUUCUUUGAUUUAAAGUAACGAUGCGUCAUUUGGGUCUCUGUUUAUUUCACGCUAAUACGUACUCGGAAUGAUUUUUUAACAUUUGAUUAAGGAAGCUAAAUCAAAAUACCAACGUUAAAUAAGCUUUCGGGCUUGGAUUCAAUCGAAUUUAAAACAGGCUUUAUGAAACCUGUUCGCACACUACAAAAUGGCGACAUGCUUAUUAAUUAGCAAGAUGCAUAGAUCUAUGAAAUUUCAAUUCAACAUAUAUUUGUAAAUACUGAACGGAACUGAACCAUUUUUAGACCGAUAUUUCUAUUAGAAAUCCAUCUAUUACAUUAUUAUAGUUUGUAAGGGAUUCCUAUUGCGCAAAAAUGAUGCAAUAAGACUUUAAGUGAUUUAGUUAAAACCUAGUCAGGUGGGGAUAAUGUAAAUGGAAGGCGCUAGUUAACUUUUACCGCAAUAUCUAAUUGCAGUGGUAUCAAAUGCGCCGCAACUUCAUUAGCACAUAUUUAGAUGUAAAUACAGAAAUAAAAAAAAAUAUAUAUAUAGUGUGUAGAUAUAUAGAUGCUUAGACAAACUCAAAUAAACAAUUCUGCAUAUGAAGAGGGUUUAAACACCAAGACAAUUUACGGUUUAAAUUUGCUUAAUUUGAAUAUGUGUUGAUUUCGAUAUUGUUAAAACCUACGAUUUCUAGUAAAUACGUCGAUUGAACAUUAAGGUAUCAUGUAAACAGUGGCGUAUCUGCGGAAGAUGGCGUCUAUGGCAAGCAAAGGAAUUGCGCCUCUUCUAAUCAUCUGACAACGACACUCCCUUUUUUGAAGGUAAUUUUAUUAUAGAAUCAGCUCAAAAAUCAUUUUACUAAAAAUUAUGGUACUAUAUGAAAAUUAUAAAUACACCUCCCUGACUUAAACAGAUACAAAAUAUUCUUACUGUCAGUACCAUUUAGUGGCUCCACCUUCCAAUAGCGCCCAGGGCACGUGCCCUACCUGCAGCACCGUAGAUACGCCACCGCAUGUAAAGCGACCAUUUUUGGGGCCAAAUUUGGCACUGAAUUACAAACAGCGCAGCUUAGUUCAUCUAAAGAUAAUAACUUGGGUUUAAUAAUGUUUAAAACUUGCCUAUUUGUUUUAUAAUGAGCCUAUACACAAACCCCACUUUUGUUUGCAAGAGAAACAAAACAACAAAACAUAGUUUGCCUUUAAUAAAAAGUAAAUAUAUUACUUAUUAUUGUUUGUUAGAAAUUGUUAUUAUUGCUUUAUUAUAAAAUUGUAAUUGUUAUUAUGUUAUAUUUGUACAUAUUCAAUAGUUUUACCUUGAGUUACAUCUUGAAACAAUGUUUGUAAAUUAUCAGGUCGUGUUAUUUGUAAAAUAUAAAUAUAUAAUUUUACAAGUGUACAAGUUAAUCAGAGGAAUAAACACAGUGCUAAAUACA